AUGUGCGCCGACCGAUCUUAUUACAGGCCUCCCAUGGGCCAGUGGCCUCAAUCUCACCACCUAAACCUCGCCCUGCCAUUGCGGGGCGCCAGAAGUUCCGGGGCGGGCGAUUACCAAAGCUCUGCUACCAAUCGGUACAGUGAAGCUGUCGGCCAGUGUGUCACACCCGGACCACCUGAAUGGCAGGGUUCCUCAACUGGGGCCAAUCCUCACUAUCGAAGCUCAUCUUGGUAUCCUGCGCCUGCAUACAAUCACCUGCAACUGGACCUUCUGCAGCUCUCGACGGAUUCGUUCAGGCGAUGGGCACCUGGAGUAGAGUACAGCGCGCCACCGGAUGACAGGUUACAGCCCCAGGAACGCUUCAGGACACCUCGCCGCUAUCCAAGCGGGCGACAAGUGAAGCAAGAAGACGACGUUGACGAUGACGAGUUUGUUUUUGUUUCCUAUGCGCCUCGCACCAAGGCAUUUUUUCACUUUGCUUGUCCCUUCUACGUCCAUGACCCAGGAAAGCACCAGCAAUGUCUCCUCACUGUCGGCUUGAAGUCAAUUGAAGGUGUCAUUGAGCACACCAUGAAACACCAUUCUCGGUCACCUUAUUGUUCAAGAUGUUAUCGGAAGUUCAACUCACUGAUUGAUCGUGACGAUCACGUUUUGAGCGGCAGAUGCAAAAAGCGCUACCCAGACCCAUCAGAUGGGGUGAAUGAAGACCAAAAGGCAUUGAUGAUAAGAGCCAAUGAUCAGUACUUAAGUGAAGCGCGGCGCUGGAAUCGAAUGUGGUCAAUCAUCUUCCCGGCUACAGAGUGGCCUCGGUGUCCAUAUCUGGAUCGAGGCUGUGGGCUGAAAACAUCGAUGGCCCGAGACUUUUGGGAUCUAUACGGCGUGCAACUUGUCUCGGAGACCCUUGAGCGCCAACGGCUACCCACGACUAACGAGACCAAUGCUCAUGGUGUACUCUAUGAGCUAGGACUACGGGAUCUCUUGAGCAUGGUUAUUCAAGAGUAA